AUGCGCGCAGCGGAGGCAGCACUUUCGGAAGAUAGUGAACCACAAAGGAACUCUAGGGGACGAGGUAGCAGAGGCGACCAAACUCCUGAUCGCUUUUUGUCACCCGACCGUUUCUGGAUGUAUGCAGGGCAGCCGAAUUACAACAACGCGCACAUGAUCCAGCAACCUCGCUUGCUUGUGUCUCCAGCCGGUGGUGAUAGGAGUGACCUACAGCUCGCUGGGGCAGGAGCUGAGCAAGAGAAUGAGGACUCCCUGUUUGCGGCUCCACUGUUUCGUUCGUCGUCUUCUUUACACCGCGCACCUAUACCGGAGAGACAAGCGGUCCAGUACAGUACGAGACUAGGUGAUGGGCCUUCAACAGCCGUAGACGCCAGAGAAAGAGGCGCAGAUGAGAAUAGUAUCGUAGCCAGAGGCAUCAGUUAUUUUGAAAAGCAACAGAGCAGCGGCGACAUAAAUCAUGGCACUGGAAAAUCUAGUACAGCCACUCAGAAGGAUAAGGAUCAUGGGAGUGAAGAUGACGAGGAACUAGGAACCUCUUCUACAGUGUCUAUAACCACGGACAAAGUAGUAACAAGAACUUCUUCUUCCUCUAGCUUGCGCGCCCCGGCAAGAAGAACACGAACAACGCCAGGUGCUAGCGAUAGCAAAGUAAGCGAUGCUACUAGCAAUCAUAGUAAAGAUGCAACAAGUUGCUGUGGCUAUGCAGAGCGUCGAAGCUCCCGUUCCGAAUCCCAUGCAUCGUCGUCGACUGUGGCUCCCUUAUGCCUCUAUACUUCGCUAGGGCUUGGACACACAAAAGAACAGAAGCGGCCUUCGCAGGAAGCAGGUUUCAACUGGGAUCAGGACGUUGGCGAGGUGGUCGGACUGUGGCCAGCAGGAGAUUGCUGGGACCAGCAGCAUUUACAUGAAGUUGAUGAAGUGGAGCGCUUUCGGGAUCGGCUGGAGGAGUCAGCGGAGACGGACCAUGCAAGCGAGCCUUCGUCUGAGCACAAGGCGACCCUUCUCCGCAAGCUGCAGUUGGAAGAUGAGAUGGAAUAUACGAUGAACAUCAACGAAAAUGAGAGUGAAGGUCCUUCUACUUCAAUGCACUCCACGGCUUCGCGUCAUGGACGG